AUGGUUGGGCUGAUUAUAGUCGCGCUCGGCGUCACGGUCUUCGCGGCCGUCGCUCUAUGGCUUCAUCACGCCCCCAAAAGACUGGAGAACAACACAAGCACCACGUCGACGCGCAGCAGCGACGACGAGGACGAAGUUUCGGCUGCUCCGCUGAGUGUGGACGUCGUAGCUGACCUCGAUGAGAGAGGGUCAUUGCUGCCAAAACUAGCGGGUUUGCUGCGUUCUCCAAGUCAUAAAGUAGCUACUAGAAUCAAGCAGGAGCCUGUGAUGAUGCGUGCAGCGUCGAGACCCGCUCGCUCUGGUUCGCUGACGCUGCCUCUUGGUGCAAGAACGAAACAGUCAGAAAACGUGCCUGCUAAAAAAGUUCAUGUGCCAUAUUUUUAUCCAUUGUUGGACGAGACUGCAAAGUGGUGGCAGACACAACAAUGUCGAGCAGACAAUUUGUCCGAGUUGGUGCAGGAUGAGGAACCAGAAGCAGAUCAAGAGGAACCAGUGAGCGGGGACAAGUGGUCGACGGAGUUGCUGAACAAGAACACGCCCAUGUCAACGGUACUGCCAAAGGAAUUAAUUCGGUUAGAGGACAAUAGCGUCGUCUCCUGA